GAGCGCUGGAACGUGAAAAGUCGACGACGGAGGGCCAACGUUGCGGAUGAAAACUGCGAUCCUAUCUGGGAAGAUUUUUGAAAAGCGCAGGCGUGCAACGGUUUUUGUCUCUGUUUGUUUUUGAGUGCUUUUUUUCGAGUGUAGUGGCUGAGUGAAAAGCAAAAUCAAACGCAUUUCGUGCAUAAUUUGUGGAAUUUUACACAUUGUAAAAUCAAAUUUAUUGUGCAAAUUGAAUUUUGUUUAAUUUUUUUGCUAUCCGUUGCUGUGCGGCAAACAGUUGAGAAAUAUAUAAUGCAGCCACAUUAAGCGGGCAAACAAAACAUCCAAACAACAUCCAAAGAGUCAACAGCAAUUACAAGGCACUAAAUCGGAGGAAGAGUGAUCACCUCGGGAUCAGGAUGUCGGCUGCCACGCACAUGGCAAUGCCGGCUCACGCCGUCCCGCCGCCCGGAACGCCACCGGUGCUGGGGGGCAGCGGGUGCUCCAAUCUCAAUCUCAGCCUGCCGGCGGGCAAGCGUGGCCACAAGCGCAGCGUUUCGCUAGAGAACAACGCCCCUUUGGCGCUGCGUGGCACGCCCAGUUUGGGCCAAUCCUCGCUGGGAUCGCCGCUGCUGCAGUUUGGCCAGGGUCCGAAUCCGACACCAGGACACUCGCAGGCCUUCCACACGGGCACCCUGAAGUCCCGCCAGGAGCAGCGGCGGCUGAGCCAGAAAUUCGGGAGUCACAGCAAUCUGGACGACGAGGGCGUGGGCAUUGGAGUGGGCGGGGGCAUGGGCGUGGGCAUGGGCCUCCACAUGCGCAGCAAGUUCCAGAACAUCCGUCAGAUGUUCGAGCUCAGUCGCAGCUGCGUGGGCGGCGGGGGCGGUGGCGGUGGUGGGUGUGGCGACGGCAGAGGGGGCGGUGCCGAGGAGGAGGCUAUGCAAUCACUGCCAGCAACACUGCCGCAGCAGCAGCAGAGGCGGACCACGCCCAUAGCCGGCGGAAGUCGCCCGCAGCAACAGCAACUGGGCGAGGCGGAACAGACCAGCGGCAACUUUCUGCGACCGAUCGCCUUCAAACCCAUUCCGUUUGAGCCGGACUAUCGCAUCGCCUGCCAGCAGCAGCAGCAGCACCAGCAGCAACUGCAGUUGCAACAGCAGCAGCAACAGCAGCAGCAGCAACACCAGCAACACCAGCCACACCAACAGCAACAUCAGGCGCUGCAGCUGCCGGCGGAGGGCGGGCCGGCGGGGGGCGGGGCCGAGCGGUACGGCUACGGAUCGACUCCGUCACUCGCCCCACUGCCCCCCGCAUCAGCCCAGAAAUUUGGCAGUACCACGGAUCUGCGACACCUGGCUGCUCGGCGACGCAAUCAUCGUCUGCUGCAGCGCUGCAGCAAUGAGGACGCCCUGACCCUUGACCUCUUGGUCACAGGAAGCCACGACAGACCCGAUGGGGCCAGCAGCAAGAGCAGCGGCACAGUGGUGGGCAGCAGCGACCUGACGCCCUCGCCCUCGGACUCGGGGAUCUCGGAACUGGAGGCGGCCCUGAAGGAUCGCGACUCGGAGCUCUCGUACCUGCGGCAGGCCAUGGAGCACAAUGAGAAAGUAAUUUUCCAAGUCCAAAAGGACAAGGAGGUGUACUGGGAGCACGAGACGCAGCGGCUGCGGCUCUUCUACGAGGGUCAGCAGCGGGAGUGCCAGCUGAAGCUGCGCAAGAUGGAGCAGCUCCUGGGGCUGCAGCAGUUCCAGCUGAAGCAGCACAAGCUGCGCCAGUCGGAGCAGGUGCAACGGCUGCAGCAGCAGCUCGACCUGGCCCGCGACGCCAGCCAGGGGCUGCAGCAGCAGGUGGACGCACUGCGUCACCAGCUGGAGGACAGCGAGUGGCGCGUGUGCGAGCGCAACGGGGAGAUAGCUUUACUCAAGACGCAGCUCAAGGAGGCGCAUCUGGAAAUCAACAUAAAGGAUCAUGCGAUUGUCAGCCUGAAGCACAGCAGCAACAGGAGCAGCAGCAACAGCAAUAGCAGCAACAGCAACAGCAGCAACAGCAACUCCAGCGACAGCAAGUCCUGUGAAAUAACCACAAGCCAAAGUCAACCAAAGCAGCAGGCGAAGGAGGAACAGCAGCAACAGCAGCAGCAGCAGCAGGAAUUUCAGCAGCAACAGCAACAUCAGCAGUUUCAGCAGCAGCAGCAGCAGCAGCAGCAACAACAACAGAAGCUGCAACUUCAGCAACUGAAUCAACAGCAGCAACAGCAGCAGGAAUUGCAACAGCAACAGCAACAUCAGCAGUUUCAGCAGCAACAGCAACAUCAGCAACUCAAUCAACAGCAACAGCAGCAACACAAGCCACCAAACCAGCCUGACCAGCAGCAGCUGCAGAAGAUCAUCACGCUGAAGGAUCAGGUGAUUGGAGCACUGACCAGCGAGCUGGCCAAGUUGCGCAAGGAGCUCUCCGACCUGGCCAUUGCCCACGAGUACGGCGAGGAGCCCUGUGGCCGCUACACUCGCCUCAAGCAGCAGCUGGACAACCUAAACGAGAUCUGCCAGAAGACACGAAAGUACACCACAUCAACCGCAUCCAUGGCCGCAUCUCCGACUGCUCCGGCUGUUCCGGCUGCCAGCCAGGAGCUGCCGCUGCCCAAGCUGGAUGUCCUGGUGCAGCGAUUGCAGCUGGAUCAGGGACAGGCUCCGCAGCAAACGCUGGACACCCUGAUCGAGGAGUCGACCACGUAUGCCGAGGACAUAGCCAAGCUGCGGCAGAAACUGGACGACUUCCGGCUGAACCUGGAGCUGGAGAAGCGCCAGUGGUGCGCCGAGAAGGACAAGGUGCUGGGCUACCAGAAGCAGCUGCAGGCCCACUACAUCCACAUGUACCAGAAGCUGCGCUGCCUGGACAGCGGACAGGGAGGAGCAGCCCCUGGCGGAGCAAUGGAGGCCACCAAUGGCCACUGAGAGGUGUUCCAGGAAGAUCAGGCAAUGGUGCUAUCGCCGCCGGGGCAGUAAAACUUAGGAUCCAAGGAAAAGCAGUCUUUAAAGUACGUUUCCUCACAGCAGCUGUUUUCAAAAAAAUACUCUUCCACACAAGAAAACUUUAAGGAAAAAUUGACCAACAUAAUAGUUAUCGAAUUGUCAAUUAGACCAACGAAAUAGUUACCCUCCCAACAACAAAAUACACACAACUCACCAUUUUGUGGUAGUUUUACCAUUAACGAAAUAGUUCUAUCCCAAACACAAAAUACACACAAGUUACCAUUUGAUGGUAGUGUUUCUAUUAAUGAAAUGGUUACUCCCCCAACAACAAAAUACACACAGUUUACCAUUUUAUGGUAAUUUUAAUAUUAACGAAAUAGUUACUCCCCAAACAACAAAAUACACACAACCUACCAUUUUAUGGUAGUUUAACUAUUACAUUUUUUAACAGUUCUUAACCUUUUUUUACAGUUACGUAACUAUUCGUUUUGGUCAAUUUUAUCCAUAAAAUUUGCUUGUGUGUCUUAAAUAACGUAUACAAAUGUUUCUAAUAUCUUCCCAGAGGUUAUCAUACUAAAUGACAAUUUAAUUGUUUUAAAUUCUAACUAGAACAUAACUAUAAGGAUUUAUAGUAACGUUCUACAUUAUUAUUAUCAUUUAGGAGCAAUUAAUUGUUUUCAACAACUGACCUGUCUCCGAGUUUCCAGCAAUUUGUUUCAGAAAGCAAAACAUUAUUUUUAAAAUUUUCUAUAUUAUUUUGAACGCAGCUGUUUAGUAAUUUCUCAGAACUAUAUUUUCAAAUCAUUUUUUCUUAGGCCAAUAACAAAAAUGUGCCCAAAUUAUAAAUGUUACUAAUUUUCAAUAUAAAGAGCACAUUAUUUUUAUAGUCAAAAGGUACUAUGUUUAAUAAUUGCUUACAAUUCUAUUCAUUGGAUAAAAAACCUAGUUAAGCCGUACAGAUUUGGUAAUACCCACAUUUCUCCAGUGACUCCACACUUUCCUUCCUUGGGCGAUAAAUAAUACACGAUUUUCGAUAUUACUAGAGUUGAUAUACACAAAACUCUAUCAAAUAUUUAUACAAAAUAUGCAUAUUUUAUUUUUUUUGUUUUUAAUAUUUUACAAAUAUAUAUAUAUGUAUACUUUUAAUUUAUUAAAUGUAAUUAUAAACGAGAAAAAAAAACAUUUGUGAUUUCGCAUGUUGAAUAUAAUAAUAUAUAUUGAUAUAUAUAUGUCGUUCCAUUAUGUAUAUGCAAUACAAAAUUAUGGUAAUGAAAUAACAAGAUUUUGUUUUUUAUUUAUGAGGACCAGCGCUACAGAUAAUGUGCAGGAUCAAUAAAUGGUAAAUGACUCAACUGGAGGCUAAAUAUAAAGUAUAUGUAUUUGGUAAUUAAAAAAAUAAAAAAAA